AUGUCUCUGUCCAGCCUGCCUGCCGUGAGACAAGCCGAGAUGCUGAAGGUCAGUCCGGCCCGAGGCUUCUUCCCUCACGCCCCCUUCCCCGGCCACCACCCUUACAUGGACCUGUUCCCGCGGACUCAUCCCCUCCUGCACCCGCUGAGGUCCAUCAGUCGUCUGGUGUCGGACCAGACUCUCAGCCUGCACGCAGGUCCCCCUCACUUCCUGGGUCACCAGCAGCAGCAGCAGCAGCAUCACCCGGGGCUGGUGUCCGGUCCUGGUUCUGGUGCUGGCCACACCUACCUGCUGCCCGGUCACCCGCUCUGCUCCAAACCCGAGGAUCUGGCCGCGGUGGUCACGGAGCACGCCGCCGGACCCCUGUCCUCGGGCUUCAGCAGCCCCCCCAGUGAAAGACCCCCAUCCUCCUCCUCCUCGUCUGCGUCUUCAUCCCCACCGAAACAGAGCUUGUUCCGGUACCAGGCGGCCCAGUCCAGCCCAGAAAAAACCCGCACUUGUUACAACUUCAGUGAGGGCGACUUGCUCACCGUGCUGUACGGCUACUCCGGGGGUCCCGAGCGCAGAGCGGGCCACGCUUUGUCGGGCGUCGCGCUGCCGGAGAAAUCAGUACCAGAGGCCCACAUCCUCCCUCUUGACAAGGAAUCUCUGGACCUUCCAGCAGGCUUAACCAUCAUUCAGUCCUCGUGGGGAAACGUGUCCCACUGUGGAGUGUUCACCGAGGAGAGCAGCGUCCCGAAAGGGACUCGCUUCGGACCUUUCCAGGGAAAACUGGUCAACACCAGCGAAAUCAAGACCUAUGAUGACAACACCCUCAUGUGGGAGGUGUUUGAGAACGGUCGCCUGAGCCACUUCGUGGACGGCCGAGGGGGGUCCGGCAACUGGAUGUCUCUGGUCAAGUGCGCCCGUUUCCCCGAUGAGCAGAACCUGAUCGCGGUUCAGGUCCACGGUCAGAUCUUCUACGAAGCCUGCAAAGAGAUCCGACCCCACCAGGAGCUGCUGGUGUGGUAUGGGGACUGCUACCUGCAGUUCCUGGGUAUCCCACUAACCCUGAAGGAUCCCCAAGAGGAGACCCCCGUGAACACCCAGACUGAAGACGCAGGCGAGGGGUUCAAGUGUGACAGGUGCGGCAAGGUGUUUGCCUACAAGUACUACAGAGACAAGCACCUCAAGUACACACGGUGCGUGGACCAGGGGGACCGGAAGUUUCCAUGUCACCUGUGCAACAGAUCCUUCGAGAAGAGAGACCGACUGAGGAUUCACAUUUUGCACGUCCAUGAGAAGCACAGACCCCACAAGUGUUCUGUGUGCGGAAAGAGUUUCUCUCAGUCGUCCAGUCUCAACAAACACAUGCGCGUCCACUCGGGAGAGCGGCCGUACAAGUGCGUGUACUGCAACAAGGCCUUCACCGCCUCCAGCAUCCUGCGCACGCACAUCCGCCAGCACUCGGGUGAGCGGCCCUUCAAGUGCAAACACUGCGGCAAGGCCUUCGCCUCCCACGCCGCCCACGACAGCCACGUCCGGCGGACCCACGCCAGGGACAAGCCGUUCCCCUGCGACCUGUGCGGAGCUUCCUUCCAGGAGGAGCAGGAGCUCAAAUAUCACACCAAGAGCCAUAAAAACAGACAGCUGAUGGACAACACGGUUCUGUCCACUUCACCGGACUCUGGCGUCAUGGAGGAGUCAGACGACCACCCAAAAACUCAGAAGCACCUCUCGUACACAGGACUGACUGUUAUUAACCCAGAAUAUAGGCCUUGGAACUGACACUUGAGAAGUGCCCUGAGUUUGAAUCGUCACCGUGUUAAAAUGUAAGAACCUAAAGUCUUUGAAUCCCCCUUGUGUCGUACCAAACCUCCAGUCCUGUCCAACCCCGGACAGAAAACGAAACGAUUGCACUGCAAAAGUACAAAUCAAAUAUCCAUUGUACAGACGUACCUUAACUUAUGUUGAUAUCUAUUUAUAUAAAUAUGUGUGUUGUUUUCUGCUUGGAGCUUUUCCUCUCACCGAUGCUUUUGUGGAACUAACGUUGUCGUGACAACAGUCAGUGUUAUCACCACUUGCAUAAGCUUUAAAGGCUUUAAAAGCAAAGCUGUCUCAACUCUGUUUGUGUAUGAACUAAUUUAUUUCAUAUGUCUGUUAAUAUUUUUUACUGUUCUGAGUCAAGAGUUGCUUUUUGU